CCUCGCGCCAUGCCUGCGCCGCAUGCCGCCUCGCCGCCAGCGUCUGGCGAGACGGACAUGCGCCGCCUGCACGCUCUGCACGCCGCACAGCAGCGCCGCCCCGCGCCCGCCCUCGCCGCCAGCCUGGGCGCGCUGCUGGGCACGCAGCUGCGCCGCCUCGCGCGCACCGACGCCGCCGUCGCCGAGCUCGCACGCGGGGCGCAGCAGCUGGUGCACGACGCUGGCCUGGUGUGCAGCGCAGCAUGCUCCUCCUCUACAGCUCCAGACGCAUCUGCAGUAGCGGCGCAGCACCGCCGCCUGCUUGCGCGCUUCGAGGCCGCCUGCGCCGCCGCACCCUCGACCUCCUCUGCCGCAUCUUCGCCGCUGCUGCCGCGGGCACUGCGCCGCCUUCUUUCGCGGCCCGAGCACGCUGCCGAUGCGCUGCCGCUGCUCCUCGCGCCGCACGCCGUCGGCCAGCUGCUGCGCGUCCUGGCACGCGCUGCCGGUGCUGCCGCAGCCGGCCGUUUCGCCGAGCGCCGUCUGCUGCGCCUCGUCGCCGCGCAGCAGCAAGGCGCACAGAAGGCAGACAUCGAGCAGGCCGUACUAGAGCUACUCGAUGCGCUGCAUGCCCUCGCGCUCAGCGUGCCGAGCCGCGAGGGUGGCAGCGCAGACAUGGACAUGACGGCCGCGCUCGAGUUGGCCCUGCUCGGCGUGCUGCGCGAGGCGCCACCAGAGCUAGCCGCGCUUGCCAGCAGCCCUCGGCGGCCAACAGGCAGCUCAAACGGCGGCAGCAGACACGUUUCGGCGCCGCUCAGCCCGCGUCCGCCGCAGACAAGGCCUCGGCGCGGCAGCUCGCCGUCGCAGCCGGGCAGCCCGCGCACAGCGGCGGCGCAGUGGCAGGACACGGCGGCCGAGGUGUGGGCAGGCCUGGGCAAGGGCGUCGAAAGCAUCGCCUCGCUCACCGGCAGCAUGAGCGGCUUCUUCAGCGCCAGCACGGCACCGAAGUCACCCAACGCGCCGACUGCAGUGGACGCAGCACCGUCCGAGAAGAAGCCUACGGGAGCGCCUGCGUCGCUGUCCCUCUCGCGCUUCAUCUCGCCUGCAAGCACAUCGCUUGCGACUCCGCCGGCGUCGCCAAUGGCAAAGCGCACUGUGUCUGGCUCCACGCUCGCAGCGCUGUCCGAGGACUCCGCCGAUGCGCACGCCACCUUUGUGGCCCGGCCCGGCGACGCCGUCGAGGCACUGGCUGCUGUUGGCGGCGAGGAGCGCGCUCGCGAGAUUCGCGUCAGCGAGAUCCUGCCGCCGUCUCAGGCCGCGCCAGACGUCAAGGAGGUGCUGCAUGCUCUCGCUGGCAAUGGGACCGGAGGCAUGCCGCUGAUCAAGUGGCUGCUGUGGCGCAUGCUGCACGUGCACUUCCCGCCGACUGAUGCCACGACGCACCGGCCGCUGCUGCUCCUGCUGCUCGUGCGCUGGUACGCCUUUACGCAUCUUCGCCGCUUGAUCUGCACACCGCCUCAGCAGUCCGCCACGCCGGCGCCCACGCUGAGUCUGGCGCGCGAUGCGGACGACGAUCAGACGCCAACGCAGGCGAAGACAGCCCGCUUCUUCGAAGGCACCUGGCUGCAGGGCGGCCGCGAGCUACGCGCGCUCGGCGAGACGCACCGCGCUGUAUACGGCGACGUGGUGCGGGCGCUAGGCUUGGGCAACGGCGAGGCGAGCCCGGAGGCGCAGCGACUCGUUGCCACGUUCGCACAGGGCGCAGAGCUAGUGGACGAGCCGGCUCAAGGCGUGUGCGUGCUGCCGAUGCAAAGUGCCGAGGCUGCUGAGCUGCUCCUCUUCCUCGAGCCGCUCUUGACUGCAUCGCCCGCUCCCCAAUCAAACGGCAUCGGGCUGCACCUCGGCUCCUCGCCUGUUCCAAACGGCACAUCGGAUGUAGCGGAUGCUCAAGUAAAGCUGCCAAAGCUGCACAUCGACACGUCUCCCGAUCCUGGUGCUGGCAGCCACGCUGUCACGCACGAGCACGUAGCUGCUGCUGCGCAGGCGCUGCGCGAUGUUGGCGAAGAACACGUUGCGGUGCUAUAUGUGGGAGCUAAAGCGAAGGACAAGAUCGUCGUCUCGUGGACUCUGGAGGCGCUCGACGAGCAGCUUUCCGCAGCGAGGGCGCAGGUCGCGAUGCAGGCCGCCACGGUGGACAGCGCUGCGCCCUCACAGCCGUCAUCUUCUCUCGCAAGCGCAGGCGCCACGUUCCCGCCUUCGGCGGCGGGAGCCACCCUGCCGCAGUCGCACACCAGCAGCAGCAUCUCGACGAUCGCGCGGGGUGCUUCAGGCGACUCAGGCUGGGGCAGCCCACCGCACACGCCGGACGAGCGGGACGAGUUCCUAUUUGAGCCUGCGACGCCUUCUGCUGCUCCUGCAGCACUGCCGAUGCCCGUGUCCGCUUCGCUCGAAGCGCGCCGCAGCGGAUCCGAGACGGCCUCGCCGCCGACGCGCCGACCGAGCAGGCGAUCCGCCAAUGCACCAAGCUCGUGGCGUGCUGCCCUGGGCAGCGAGAGCUUCUCCUUGGCGCCGCCGCCGCGCCCGGCGCGGGAGCCAGAAUUAGGCGAGGAGCUCUUCGACGAAGUGCGCCGCGGUCUGCUUGGGGUGCUGCGCAAGGGCUACUGUAGCGACGCCUCGCGCUUGCCCUUGCUGGUGCUACGAGAUGCUGAGCGCAUCGCAACGCAGAGUCAUGCGUUUGACGAUGCGGCGCUCUUCGCUCGCACCACUGCGCUCCUGCAGCACAUCGCUGCCGCAUUCCCAUCUCUACGCGGCUCAGCGGCAUCUGAAGAGGCAACUUUCGCGCCGCUGCUCGACCGGAUUGCUGCACCGCUGCGCACUGCAGACGCAGCGGCCGAACAGGCGGUGCAGAUCGCCACGCUGCGGCUGCGCGAGGUGGAGCUGCAUCGUGUGGCGCUCAUGGAGCGUGCCCGCGAGGCGUACGCGACGGCUCACGAGGCGCGCACGCGAGUGUGGUACGCCUCGGAGAUUCGCACUGCACCCGCCUUUCGCGACUCGCUCAAGCUGGCGCGAUCUCACCUGCACGCUGGCGACGAAGCGCCGCAGGACGAGAGCGGCGAGGACUGGAUGCAGCGGCUCGGCGUCUAUGACUUUGGCCUUCCACCGCCGCUGCAGGGGUACAUGCGCGAUCUCGACGGCGCCUUUGGCGUCAUUGCCGGCGACGCGGCGGCGUUCUUUGCACAUGACCUGUUCGCGCGCGAAGCGAGUCUUGCACUGCCGUAUCUGCGAGGAGCAGGACCUGGCGCCGAGGAGCAAGACAAGACUGCGGUGCUGACCUUUGGCGCCUGUCCGCCGAGCCUGCUGCUGCCCGGAGAGAUCAAGGCUGCCGCUCGGGUGGCGCUCGACGAGUUCCUGCAGCGCACCCAGCUGCUCGCUACCGGCUUCUUCCUCUCCGAGGCGCUCAGCCAUCUGUCGGUCGUCGCCAUGACUACCGCCAGCGCUGUGCCGUCGGGCGUCUCGCAGGCGAUCCUCGCCGAGCUACGCACGGCCGGAGCGCCCGAGCUGUUGCGCCGCUUCGAGCUGCACCCGGCGCCGCGCGCCAAGAUGCGUGCGUUGCUGGUGCUCGAGCGGCUCAUCGUCGCGCUCCUCUCGCGCAGCGCCGACGCCGCCGCCACGGGCACUCGCCCUCGCGCCGCCAGCAUCGUCUCGCUCGCCAAGGUGCGCCACCGGCGCGCGCAGAGCAACGCGCGCGACUCGCCGCCGUUGAGCGCCGUGUCCAGCACGCGCCCGCUGAGCCUGCGCAGUCCGGCACGCGCCCGGCGCGCCCUCUCGAUGUACGACGACGAGGAUGACGAGGAGGCGGGCAGCGCGGACUCGCCGCUCGAGGGCAAGGGCAUCCACGCGCUGCUCGAGCGCCUGCUCAAGGGCAACGGCGGCACCGAGCCGGCGGCCAGCACGCCCGCCGAGGCAGAGCAGCCGGCGCCGCAGCGGCUGCGCCAGACGUCGGCGCCCACGACGGACGAUGUGGUCGGCGUGCUCGAGGGCCUGCUCGCAGACGCGACGUGCCGGCCGCGCGAUCUCUUCCUGCACCUCCAGCUCGUGGCGGCUUUCACGCCCGCAGCGCUGCUGUCGUUCCGCGAAGAGGCGUUCUGCUUCUGGAACCUGGGCUGUGCGGCGCUCGCCGUGGCUGCGCCCGCCGAGGAGGGGCAUCGCGCCGCUUCUUGAAGCAGCGGUCCGCUGCUGACGCAUACCCCUUUGCUGCAUCUGUGCACCGGCUUCGCAAUGCAUGCGCUCACCCAAACGCGGCGAGCAGGUCUG